GGCGUGGGAUAAAUGACUGACAUUCUUAGAAAUUCGGAGGGGCAGGCAUGCCAAACACGCUAACGGUGUUGAUGUAAACAACACAGGCCCGCCUUUCCUUUGAGUGCCGUUCGGCCCCACGAGAUCAACUGCAAAUCCCCCGGUUGUUGUUGUUGUCAUUAGUUUCGCUUCUUCCCCUCUUAUCAGUUACUUCCCAUCCACUUUCACCCACCAUCUCUCUUGCUCGCUCUAUAUAUACCUGCCCUGAUACUGCAUCAGCUGACAUCUUAUCCCUUACUCUAUCUGUCUCUGCUGUCGCAUGGUCUCCGCGAUUCCGGACCAUCCAUCUUCCGCACACCAUGUCUUCGCCUACCGGAUUGCCUUAUUUACAGAAGCUGCUCAAGUCCCAGCUUGCUGAUUUCGCGGAAGCCGCGGACCUUCAGGAUUAUGGACAGUACAACAAGCCUGAGCUCGCUACGGCUUUGGACGAGCAUCUCCGCUCCAACCGCUCCAUCUUCGCCAAUGAUGAGCGCUUCGCGGAAUACUACCGACGUCUGUCGCAGCCACCGCGCUUUUCAUCGCCCGUAAAGCGAGAAGCCAAGGUGGAAAUCACGUCUCCCAGGGAAGAGGCCCCUCGUUCUAUCCGUCGCCGACAGACGAGACUCAAGGAGGAAGAGGUCGAGCCUGAGCCCGCGCCUAAGCCUGCACCCCAGUCCCAGCCUGAGCCUGAACCUACAGAUGACUCCGAUGCUGGUUCCCUUUCAGAUGUCAAGUCGCCGUCUAUCCGUACUCCUGUACCUGCGCGUUCGCCGCUGAGCGUUCAGCCCCCUUUGCCGCCUUCACCGGCUGUUGUCACGGAUGCGAUUGAUCAUCAUACGGCUGUGUGGCGCCAGAACAUCAAUGACGCGUGGACUGCGUCGGGAGUGUGGGAGCGGUCGCAUGCGCUGCGCUCGAUGUUGAGCAGUGUCAAGGCCGUUCAGAUUCUCGUGCUCGCCUUGGAAGGGUUCAGUCUCACCAAGGAGAUUCUUCCUUUGCGAUACCUGACUACCGUUCCUGCCGUGGAGGCGAUUCACUCGCCUGAGUUUGUGGUCAAGGUUCCUGACCUCUUCGUUCUGGUUGACGGUGUAUUUUGGGCUCCGUUCUCGCUGUGGCUGUUGACUAGUCUGUUCUUGCCUCUCUCGGUUGCGUACUUUUUCAAUAUCAGCUUGCAGAACGGUCCGACUCCCGCACCUGGCACGCGCAAGGACCGCUCCGAACAAGCUAGUUUCGAUCCCUUGAGUUUCAACAUUGCCAAGGCGUUGAUUGCCUACCUUGUUUAUGGGAAGAACUUUACUUUUUGGGACUUGUAUAGCAACUUUUCCGUUGACAAGGUCAAUGCGUCUGUUCCCGGUCAGUGGGCCGGUAUUAUCACAGGUGCUGCUAUCGGCGGUGUUGGCACAUUCUACGAGGCCAUUCUCAGGAAGUAAAUGAUAUGUUAUAUAUAUAUAUAUAUAUAUAUAUUGUUUUCGCGGCGGGAUCCGCUGGAAUCUGGUCUGAUAUGAGGGUUGUGCAAACAAUUGGAUUGAUAGGACUAUUGAUACCUGUCGUGCAAUUGGAGCAAUGGCAAUGAAGGUUAUUCGGGAAAGAAGAGCGCGAGAAGAGACAGGAAAGAAGGCAAUCCCCUCCUACUUUAUCUGUAUAAAGCCCGAGGUUGUUUUUUCUUGGUUUCUACGGUGUCUGGUGUCGACGAUGGAAUUCUAUACAUUCCCGUCUAUUUGAUAUCCUUGGUUUUUGACUUGAGUACGGCGUGACG